AUGGCCGAGGACGCACAGGAUGCUUCAGCGUCGAAGGAUGCCGAAGCUACUCCCGGUCUCAUAUCCGAUAAUCCUCUGGAUGCACCAGAGGGACCAAGGCCCGAAAAUGAGGAUGCAGAGGCUGCAGAAGACGAGGAGAUGGGCGGCAUGGAUGAUACGAAGAAGGAAACGGCUACUCCGGGCAAAGAGGGCACAGAGGCUCCCGAAACUGCGGUGGACCACCCUCAGCAGACAAAAUCUGCUCUGGAAAACCAAGCGCGCUCACAUCUCAUUGCCCAAACGCACGCCAUCAUACUUCCAAGCUACAGCACGUGGUUCGACAUGCAUCAGAUUCACAACAUUGAACGAAAGGCCUUGCCCGAGUUCUUCAACAGUCGGAACCGUAGCAAGACUCCGGCCGUCUACAAGGAUUACAGAGACUUCAUGGUCAACACGUAUAGGCUGAACCCUGCAGAAUACCUGACGGUUACUGCAUGCAGACGCAAUUUGGCUGGAGAUGUUUGCGCUAUUAUGCGAGUGCACGCGUUCUUGGAGCAGUGGGGCCUGAUUAACUAUCAAGUCGAUCCAGACACCAGGCCUUCUAACAUCGGACCCCCUUUCACUGGACAUUUCCGCAUUACUGCGGACACUCCUCGCGGACUUCAACCGCAUCAGCCUGCGCCUAGUUCCAUGGUGACUCCUGGCAAAUCUCUAGCAUCUACAGAACGCCUUGCUAGCCAAACUCCUGCUUCUAAGGGUGACCUAAACCUGGAAAUUCGCCGGAACAUCUAUGAGCAAAACGGCAAAGAAGUCACCCCUGCGGACUCCAAAGACAAACCUGCAAAUGGCGAAGCUUCUUCAGCCACCAACGGGGCAAUUGCAGACAGCAAGUCUCUCGUCGAUGCUUUGAAGGAACCGGGAAGGCAAGUGAACUGCUUUUCAUGUGGCAUUGACUGCACGCGCGUUCACUACCACAACACCAAGUCUGCUCCUCAUUCGGCAUCCGGAAAGACUGCUGCCAUGCUUAAGUACGACCUGUGUCCGAACUGCUUCCUUGAGGGCCGCUUUCCUGCGUCCAGUAGUGCCUCUGACUACACCAAGAUUGAGAACGACAAAUAUUCAGCUGUUCCUGACAGGAACACCCCUUGGACAGAUGGAGAGACGCUGCGCCUGCUCGAGGCACUGGAAAUGUUCGACGAAGACUGGAACUCUGUUGCUGACUAUGUUGGUGGUCGUACGAGAGAGGAAUGUGUUCUCAAGUUCUUGCAACUGGAGAUUGAAGACCAAUACUUAGAGGCCGAGGAGAACGGAAGCCACACGAACAUUUCCGGAGGCUCGUUAGCCCACUUGAGCAAUGGCCGCCUGCCAUUCACACAAGCUGACAAUGCCGUCAUGUCGGUAAUGGGUUUCUUGGCUGGCCUUGCCGAUCCCAGUGUUACUGCUGCUGCUGCGGGUAAGAGUGUCGACGAGAUGAAGCGAGCGCUCCGGGAGAGACUCGAGAAAAGUGAAGCCCCAACGGAGUCCGAGAAGGGUAAAGAGAAGGAAACUGCACCAGCCGACUCGACGGCUUCCGCUUCUACUGAGGUCAAGAACGAAGAUAGCAUGGACGUUGACACGAGCACCCCUCAACAAGCCAGCGCUGCGUCUCAAGACAAGCCUUCUAACCCUCUCACCACCGUACCUCUUGCUCUCUCCGCCGCCCGUGCCGCUGCCAUGGCUUCACACGAAGAGCGUACCAUCUCGCGUCUCGUUUCUAGCGCUGUCAACAUUGAGCUACAAAAGAUGCAACUCAAGCUCCAACAAUUCAGCGAACUUGAGUCGGUUCUCUCGGCCGAGCGCAGAGAUUUAGAGCGUCGCCGUCAGCAAUUGUUCCUUGACCGUCUAGCAUUCCAGAAGAGGAUGCGUAGUGUCGAGCAGGCGUUCGAGCGUGCCUGCACCUUGAGUCCUGAGGAAGGUCAGAAGGUCGUCACGGAAGCGGUGAACGGAUCAGAUGCGUUCGGCGAGUCGCUGGGAGUGAAGAAGGUAGGUGAACAGGAUAGUGGAGAAGCCAAGCCGUUGGGCGAGGGAGAUGAGGGGUUCAAGAGUCAUGAGAUUUGA